AUGGGGAUUGAUUUGGGAGUCGUGUUGCUACCGCUUCCUAUUGUCUGGCGGCUACAAAUGUCGAGUCGCAAGAAGACUGGCGUCACAGCAUCUUUCGCGAUAGGCAUCCUAACGGCCGGUAUCAACCUGGGCCGCAUUGUUCAGACCAAAUUGUGUCCCGCUGACGACCUCAUCUACUGUCUCAGAGACUCCUCUAUUCUCAUCAUGGCAGAAAUUACGGCCGGAAUCUUGGUGGCCUGUGUUCCAACAUUUGGACCCUUAUUGUUUCGCGGGCGAAGCGUGCGUUCAGCGCGACCACAUCAUUUGCCUACAAUUGGGUCACCUCGAAUACGCCGUCGUCCAAAAUUCGAUUCUCUACUUUCUACAUUUGACCACAGUCACAAUGAUCGCGAAGAGCGAGGACAUGCAAUGGAAGUGGAGCCUGAUGCGCCCACAUCGCAUGUCGGGACUGGAGCUGAGAAUGAAGCUCCAGACACGGGCAUUAUAGUGACGCGCGACCUCGAUGUGCAUAGUCUCAAUGUGCUCCCUCGGGUGUGUGAAAACGAUACUGUUUGA